AUGUCUAAAAUUUCUACAAGAUUAUCCUCAUUUCUCAAAUCCCAGUUUAAUCCCCACCGCAAAUCUAACGACGACAUACAACCGCCGAAAUCCAAGGAAGAACUUGAACAAAGCAUCCCUGAAUUUUCGAUCCCUCUUUCGACGAAUAUUCGUAUAAGUUAUAAUGCCGUUGAUGAGCGAUAUGGUGUUCAUCCACUGAUUGACUACGGAAGCUUGAAAGAAGGGUCUGGAGGCUCUGUUAACACUACUGAUCCCAAUACUUGCACCACCUCGGGUAAGAGUGACAGUCAGGUUCUAGCCAGUGCUAAUGUAAAUACACAAGAGAUGUACGAUUCACCCCUAUACCAUAACAUGUGGCGAGUUCGACCUACUCGUAAGUCUACCAACCACACUGAUGGAGAUACGACCGAAUCAGUGCAAGAAGUAUUGCCUAUGGACUCAAUUCACCUUAAUAGUAAUCAAUUUGCCUCAUAUAUACCAAACAGUAUAAUCCUCGGACAAAAUACACCCACCUCGAAUGGUUUGGAGAUAUACGAAGGAACGAGUCAUCAUCCAAUAUCAAUCUCCGCUCGAUUCCUCAACUCCCGUUCAAAGGCUUUCAAAAGAUGUAAAGCCGAAUUGCUCUCUACUGCUAUUGACUUUACUCAUCUUGAUACUUCCAUUGUUCAUUCCUCCAAGGAGAUGGUCAAUGGACACGAUAAAACCAAGAAGAUCUUGGGGAAGUUAAGCGGAGAUGGAAAAUAUAGAUUAGAUAGGAUCUCAUGGACAGGACAUGGAUGGGAUGAUAGAGACAAUGAAGAUGAUAAAGUACCUGAGGGGAGGUGUGUAAGUGGGACGAUGUGCGCUGACGCUAACUGGGUAUGGAAACGUAUUGGAUAG